CAUCCAGUGAAUCACUGUGAACUUUGAACUGAGUUUGACCCCUUUACAGUGUCAGUAACUGCUGUUCUGAAAGGUCAAGGUAGUUGCUCGCUGUAUUUGUAAGCUUGUUAAAUAUGAUAACACUCUCGACAGUUUAUUUCCUGACAAAAUAUUCCAGAACCUGUAACAAUCAGGUCUAUUUAGACUUGAGAGUAAUGAUUUACUUUCGACCUAUAUGUAAACAAGAUUUUUGAAUAUUUGAGAAAUUUAAUUUGGUAUUUCCCAAUUCCGAAUGUGUUUUUAAAAAUGGAAAUAGAACUAGACUUCACUACAUUUAAAAAAGAAACUAAAGUUAACUGUAGUGUACAUUAAAUGAAAAAAAAGUAAACUACGAAAGUACAAAAAUUCGUCUUAGAAUUGUCAUGUUAUAAUCCUAUAUCCAGUAACAUUGCUAUUACUACACAACUUCCAACAAUGAUGAGCAUUAAGACAAUAUACCAGUUGGGCUCAUUAAGAAGUCUGGUCAACAGGAUAGCAGCUCGAGCCGUGACAUCAUCAACCACAAUGUCCAGUAAUCAGAGUGAGGUCAAGCCUUUCGAAUCCAUCCCAGGGCCUGGAGGCAUUUACAAGUGGCCCAUCAUAGGAACAUUGUUACAUUAUAAACCCUUCACCAGACAUACCCCGGAAACUCUACACGAGUUCUUAAAUGAACAGUUUGACAAGUAUGGACCAGUGGUCAAACUUCGCCUGGGACCUACAGUUGUAGUGCUGAGUGACCCCAAAGACAUGGAAACUGUCUUCAGACACGAAGGGAAAUACCCGAAACGACCUCAAAUAGAAAUUCAAACUAUUUACUACAAAAGAACAGGGAUUCGUGAAGAUUUAGGACAUCUACAAGGUCCAGCCUGGCACGCACUGAGAGCUCCCCUGAACAGAAGACUUUUGAAAGCAGACUCGGCCACUCUCUACCUUGACCAACAGAAUGAAGUCGCUGACGACUUCGUUAAGAUACUAGCAUCCAAAAAUCUAUCACCAGAAGAACUGGAAGACAUGUUCUAUCGCUAUGCCGCAGAGAGUAUUGCAGUGGUUACCUUUAAUAAGAGACUUGGUCUUUUUGACCCAAACCCUGAUAAAAUAUCCAUACAAAUCAUUGAAGCCUCUAAAGCAGUCAUGAUCGCCUCUCAGGACUCACUCCUCGGGAAAUCCGUCGCACAUAAAUGGUAUAAAAACUCCACCUACAAGAUGAUAGAGAAGGCAAUCGGCACCAUAAGAAGCACUACAGCUGCUAGUGUUUCUCAAGCCUAUUCAGUUCUCCAAGACAAGAUUAAAUCUGGCCAGCUCAAAGAGGAUGAGCCCAAUCUUCUGCUGUCUCUGUUAGCUGAGAAAGACUUGGCAUAUGAAGAUAUUGUUGUAAUUAUGGCCACUUUGUACUCAGCAGGCACUGACUCUACUGCCAAAAACAUUCAAGUUUUCUUGUACAACUUGGCCAGAAACCCAGAAAAACAAGAACUACUUCGUCGUGAAAUAUUUGAGAACGUAGGGAAGAACGGACCGCUUACAGCAAAGGCGUUGUCAAAUAUGGUCUACUUGAAGGCUGCACUCAAAGAAUCUUUUCGGCUGAACUUUCCAGGUUCCACUGGCAUCAUGAGAAUACUGAAUGAAGACUUGGUGGUUGGGAAUUACAGAGUUCCUGCUGGGGUUAGAGUUCUGCUGUUUAACCCUAGAGCUGCUAAAAAGAAUUUUGAGAAUCCUGAAGAGUAUCAACCAGAAAGAUGGUUGAGGUCAGAUGACAGCGUCAAGAAAGACACUGCCCACAACAUGAUCGUCCAACCGUUUGGUCACGGGGCUAGAAGCUGUAUUGGUCGGAGGUUUGCUCUGCAGGAAAUUUACUUGCUGGCCACAAAGAUUCUACAAAACUUUCACGUCGACCUUGAGCCUGAGUCUUACGAAACAAAAUUUAUUUACAAAUUAUUUAUUGAAGCAGAAAAGACGAUCAAGUUUAAAUUUACCAAAAUCUGACGUCAUCAUGCAACAUUUUUUAACUGAACUAAUUUUGUUUACUAAAUAAGAUAAGUAAUUUUGUGUACUAAAUAAGAUAAGUAAUUUUGUUUACUAAAUAAGAUAAGCCUACAUUUCUGUGUUGAUGGAUCUAAAUGAACACCACGUCAUUCGGUACUUGUAUAAGUGUUACACUUUGAGAACUAUUUAUACAACAUUUAAAAUAAACCAACUUUAAAGCACAUCAAAUCAACUUGAAUAUUGGAUUCUUUAUGAGAAUCAUGUGCUCCAUAAUUGUAUCGAUUAAUUUUGUCCACAAAAUAUUCGUAAAUGUAAAUAGGAUAUAUAAAAGUGUUUUUGACCACAUUGUUUUUGUCAAGACAUUUUCAAUUGGGGUUGUUAUUUUUGCCAUUACCUCUAAUGUGCAAGAUCUAAAAGUUUCAUUGCCCUAGUGAAGCUGUAUGGAUGUAGGUUAAGGUGUGUGGUGUGUCUUCCUAAUUAAACUACCAAUGUUGAGCAAUUUAUGCCCAAGGAAUUGAACCCAAACCUAAUCACAAGAUGUCAAAAAGACUUUCGUACUGACAGUCAACCAUCAAACAGCUGAAAGACACUCUGACUGUCUCAAACAACUGAGACACUCUGACUGUCUCAUAAUAACUGUACACAAAUGUAGGGGGCGAAAAAAAUAAUUGCUUUAAGUUGAAAUUAUUUUAGCAUGCGCUAUAUCAAUGUUUGUAAUCAAAGCCAUCUAUUUUUAUGGGAGGUAAAGCUAUCUUUUAUAAACAUAGCAAAUCAAUAAUUUGUAGUCUCCCAUGUACUGAGGUUUCUACAAACUUUGGAUAUAGAGAUGUUCUUGAAUAUUCUGAAGUGGAAUAAAGAUUUUUGUACUACAUAGUUUUAACAAGCCAACAAAAACUCUUUGGUUGUUACCAAUAAUAUUAAAGGGAAAAUCUUGGAAGACAACAGCCAUCCGCUCCAUCAGAACUACGUCAAGGCGUCGCGAAGUGGGCGAUUACUGUCAAUCACAAGAACAGAGCGGUACAAAAAAAAUUCGUUCGUACCUUCCUAGAUACCUGUGUAGUCGCUAAAUGAACUCUUCUUGUUGUGUCUGUUCUAUUUAUGUGUAUGUUUCUGUUGUGUUAUCCUUAUAUGGGAAAAGGAGUCCUUGCAAUCUCAACAAAUUUCCAUAAGAAUCAUUAAAGCAGUCUUAGUUUUAGUCUUACACAUAUAAAUUGCUUCAAUAGAGAGAAAUAUUGAACUGAACUACUGGUGUAUUUAACAGCUACGAUUGUGAUCUUUCAUUUAGUUUAACAGAAGAUUUUUAUCAAAAUGUAACAUAAUUGUAUUAUGGAUGAAAUGACAUGUGUUGUGUAAUUAGAAUAUUUUCAUAUUUCAUUAUCUAGGUUAGUGAAUAAAAGCAAUAAAAAUGUUGCUUUGAAAUAAGGUUUUCUUGGUUGAUCAUGACACAUUUUAAAAACAUAUUUGUGACGUUAGACUUUGACUUUGAUAUAUGGGUGCUCUGUGGAGGAGGUGUUAAAGAUAUGUCAAAUAAUGGAGAUCUGCCAGAUCGCGUGGUUUGCGCUCUUGACAACCAUCCCGAACCUUGCCCUCCGAAAGAAUUCUAAUUAGGAACAUCUGAGCUUUAACAAAUUAAAUAAUGACUUUAUUGAAGAAAAUAUUGAGCAAUGUAUCAAAGUUCCUUUAAAAAAAAAUAAAUCUUUUAUUGUCACUUAAUAUCCCACCCAUCAAAAGGGUGCAAACAAUAAGUCCUCUGAUAAGACUUGGUUAUCUGCUACGACCUAGACAAUUAGCAUUGAUCAAUACUUCAAUAGACCUACUAGUGGUACCUCAGUACUCGGCCAUUAUUUGUUUCAUAAAAUAAUGUAAAAGGAUCAAAUUGGUUUUUAAAUACUCUCAAAUUUCCGGAUUAAUAUUCAAUAAAUGUCAUAUUCACACCUUCUUCACUAGCGAGCCCUCGCGGAGUGGAGAAACAAGGAAUCAUUAUGCUCAUACUAAGUAGCCUACAUUUCUAUAUUUUAAUCUUUAACUAUAUGAAAUUACGGUAUAUUGUGCAUAUUUAUUAAGGAAUAAAAAAGCAACGACUUUAAAUUCAAAGAAAAAUAUUUUAAUUUUGCUCAAGA